AUGAAGCCCCGCCCCCCUCUGACCUCUGACCCCUCCUCCUCUGUAUGUGGAGCAGAAGGGGGCGGUCCUUCAGGAGCUCCUCCAGAGUUCGUGCAGUGGCCUCAGUCGGUCUCCAGACCGGCGGGGGGCAGCGCCGUCUUCAGCUGCACGGCGGCCGGCGCUCCGGAGCCGCACCUGAUCUGGCUGAAGAACGGCAAACUGCUGACGCCCAGCGGCAACGUCAAACUCACCAACGGAAACACGACUCUGGCCAUCACCCGGAUCACCGCGGAGGACGAGGCCAUCUAUCAGUGCAUCGCGGAGAACAGUGCCGGCACUAACCAGGCCAGCGCCCGCCUCGCCAUCAGCCAGGGGCCCGAGCUGCCGGAGGCCCCCACCGGGCUCCGCGCCUCGGCCCUCGGCUCCACCGGCCUGCGGCUGACCUGGGAUCAGCCGGCGGAGCGCGUCAGCCAGCAGAUCAUCGGAUACGUGCUGCACAUCAGACGGCUGGGCGAGCCGGACAGCGCGGAGUUGCAGGAGGCCGUCAGUAAGACCACCUUCAGCCACGAGUUCAACAACCUGGAGGCCGCCACCACCUACUCCGUCUACCUGAAGGCCUACUCCGCCCUGGGAGGAAGUCAGCAGUCCAACACCAUCACCGCCACCACACAGGGCGGCGUUCCCAGUUCUCCCAAUUUCUUCACUAAGGUCCUGAACCAGACGGCCAUGCAGGUGUACUGGGAGCUGCCCAGUAAGCCGGGGAAGCUGGAGGGCUUCAGACUGGAGUACCGCGGGGUGUCCAACCCAGACCUCCACGGACAGGAGACGUUCCCGGGACACAUCAACACCCACACCAUCUCCCACCUGGAGCCGGCAGCAGUUUAUGAGAUCCAGCUGGUGGCGUUUAACGGGAACGGAGACGGUCCGUCCAACCGCCGCCUCGUGUCUCUGGCUGACGGGGGAAACACUGCGGCAGAAGGUCCCAGCUGUAACUGUAGUCAGUCCCACGGCUCCGUGUCCACUCUGCUGGUCGGCGUGCACAGCGGCCUCGCCUGCGUCCUCUGCUGCCUGCUGCUCGUCCUGCUGGGAUACAGACGCAAUUUCUUCUGCAGGAAGUCAGCGAGCUGGGAGACUCCGUCCACCCUGGAUGGUGUCAGAGGUGCUAAAGGUCACACUGCUGAGAGCAUCGAGCUGAACCAGAGGUGUGACUCCGCCCCUCCUCCAGUGAUGGUCAUGGUUGAACCGACUCCACCCGUCCAACACGGCACAGGCACCGGAUAAAACACUACACAUACUUCUACCUCCUCCUCCUCCUCCUCCUCCUCCUCCUCCCCUCCCCCUCCUCCUCCU